GGAAACCUUGUGAAUAAGUUCUAGACUGGGGAUCAAGGUACGGUGUUUCUUAACAUAAAAAGAAAACGAAAAACAAAGAAUGUUUACCGAAAGGAGGAUCUUAUAACGGGGAGGGAAGGAUUCACACGAAUGGAAACAUUUCUGACAUUUCUGCUGAUUUCACUGAUUUUUUUGCCUUUCCACUAUUGCCAAGCGCUAAGGUUUCGGACAAAUAUCUUCGUUACCAUUUACGAAGAGAAACAGCCAGGCUCAUUUGUGGCUCGUGCAAGUGCUACUCCAGAUCCAGUAAGAUAUGAGCUCAGUAAAGAUGCCGCGGACCUUUUUGCUAUAGACAACACGACAGGCAUAAUAACAAUCGAAAGACGCUUUGAUAGAGAGGCUGAAAGUUACACAGACGGGUCAUUCAUGGUGUACGCCUUUGAUGCUGCUGGCAAUAAGGCCUCAACCACAGUUUACUUUUGGAUUCAAGAUAUCAAUGAUAAUUCGCCACGCUUUCUAAGCCAACACUACAAUGUUACUGUUAAAGAGACAUGUGACGUUGAUCGACAGAUAUUCUCCACAACAGCUUUGGAUGAGGAUUUUGAACAGAAUGCAGAAAUUUUCUACGAAAUAGUGGAUGGAAAUGAGGAUGGAAUAUUUAAGCUAAAGGAUGCUUAUCACUGCAAUGUAAUGUUGGUAAAAGCUCUGGACUUUGAGUUGAGAUCCUCAUACGAGCUCAAUAUCACAGCCUCAAAUUAUCAGAGCUUCUCAAAUUGGACAAUUCUGUCAAUAACAGUAGGAGAUGAGGACGAUCUGCCUGCUAAAUUCUCCUCCUUUGAAUACAGCGCUUUCGUAAGAGAGGACGCUAGUUUGGGAACGUCCAUCAUUCAAGUUACUGCAGCUGAUCAGGACAAACUAAAUGAUCCAGUGACAUAUAAGAUAGUUGAAUCGACCAAUAAUGACAGUCUAUUUGACAUCAAUGUCUCCAAUGGUGUUAUCGCCUUGAAUGGAACACUGGACAGAGAAGCUGUUUCUGAAUACAAGCUGAGAGUGUUGGCUUAUUCUACGCAUCAUCUCCCCGAUCAUGCCACAAUUAAUAUCCAGAUUAGUGACGCAAAUGACAACCCACCGACCUUUUCAGCCAAGUAUUACUCAUUUUCAAUUAAAGAGAAUGCAGGAAUUGGUGCCAUUGUUGGUGAAGUGAAAGCGAGUGAUGUAGACCAAGGAAUCAACAACGUGUUUAACUACGUUUUACCGGAUGGUGGAGAACCUUUUGCCUUCUUUGAAAAUACUGGUGUCCUUGUUGUGAAUGGGUCGUUAAACCGUGAAAAGCAAGACCGCUACAGCUUCUUGGUAUUCGUCAAAGAAUUUCAAACUGUGGAAAAAUAUACCAACAACGCCACGGUGAUUGUUACAGUGGAAGAUAGAAAUGACAACAGUCCCCACUUCGUGAGACCGUUCUACGAAAUUACAGUCCAAGAGGAGCUCCCCAGAGGAACAAAUGUCCUACAGGUUCUGGCUAAUGACACCGACGUGUCGCUCAAUGCUAUUAUCACCUACAGUCUCGUUCAAGAUCCCAGAGAUCAUUUUCUAGAUUUUUUCAUUAAUCCUAUCAAUGGAUCAAUACGAACCGCAAAGACACUUGAUCGGGAGAACAUCAGUAUUUACUACCUGACAGUGAAGGCGGAAAACAGCGCCCUGAACACACAGACAAGGUCGAGCACGGUAUCAGUAAAAAUCAUUGUUGGAGACAUCAAUGAUAACUUUCCAUUAUUUGGCCAGCCCUUCUACACCGUCACUAUCACAGAGGCUGCUGUAGUGAACACAACCCUCUUGAAAGUUCAGGCCACGGACAAAGAUUUUGGUGAAAAUGCAGCCAUAGAGUAUCUCCUGAUGGAAGGAAAUUCAGGAAGUGUCUUCAGUAUUGAGCAAGAAAGCGGUUCUAUAAGUGUUGCUAGAGAACUUGAUAGAGAAGAAGUCGAAGUCUACCAUCUGAUUGUACAAGCAAAUGAUGGAGGGAAUAAGAGCACCACUGUUAAUGUCACGGUUUUGGUGGGUGACGUCAAUGAUAACUCGCCCCAAUUCACAUCAGUGGAGGGCUAUCACUUUUCUGUAAUGGAGGAGACCUCUGGAUUGAUUGUGGGUACUGUUAAGGCAAACGACAGCGACAUCGGAAAAAAUGCUCAAACAAUCUAUUCAUUGAUGAAUACACCAUCGUCCAAAAGUUUCAGGAUAAACUCUUCAACAGGAGAAAUUUUCACAACCAAAGCACUGGAUUAUGAAGCCUCUCGUUCUUAUAUAUUGGUUGUGCAAGCUGAGGAUCAAGGGCUUCCGCAGUCGCGAAGGACAGCUGUGGAUGUGUCAAUCAAUGUCAUUGAUGUCAACGACAAUGCGCCAAAAUUCUUCAAUAUGCAACCUGAUGUGAAAGAACUUGAAGAUCUUCUGGCUUGCGUCGCGUACAAUGCAACGGAACUUACUGUUUUCCGAGUACAAGAUUUGACUCCUGCCAACACUGAGAUUGGUAGAGUGGCAGCCUUUGACAAGGACGAAAGUGUCAACUCUGUGAUAUUUUAUCAUAUCGAAGGCAAUGGAUCAAAAUUCUUUUCUAUCGAAAAUCGCACUGGGAUCAUAACUACAAAUCAACAGCUGAAACGAGUUGAAAAGGAAAUCUACAGCUUGACUGUAAUCGCUGAGAACUCCUUAGCGUCUCCCAAGUUGUGGUCAACUCUGGAAGUUCAAGCGAUUAUAUAUGGCUUGAGUAGUAGAACACCACAGUUCACCGCUAGUGAAUAUCAUGCGGAAAUAUCAGAGGCUGCCACUGUCGGAACACCUGUGAUUAAAAUUAAUAUUACCAAUAACAUACAGGCUACCUCAUAUAUUGUGUUCAGAGUGUUGCAUGACCAAAGCAGCGCGGGCUCAAGAAAAUUUACGAUAGAGCCUGAGACAGGACUCAUCACCACUCAGGGAGAACUGGAUCGAGAAAUAACCGCUAACUACUCUCUGUUGAUUGAGGCAAAACUGUUAAACUCAGAUCCUGCACUUCAAGAGGUGUCAAGUGUAGUGCUUGUAUUCAUAAACAUCAGUGACGAGGAUGAUAAUAACCCGCGCUUCCUCCAGCGGUCCUACCAGUUCUUGUCCAGUGAGCUUUCUAGAGUCGGUGACUUUAUAGGACAAGUAAAAGCCGUGGACAUUGACAGAGAUCAUCAAUCAGAUGUGUUUUAUGAAAUUACCAGCGGCAACGAGAAAGGUCUUUUCAACAUCAGUGAAUAUCACGGGACAAUAUAUGUAAAGCAGAGGUUGGGAAAUGAAGCGGCCUCAUCCGUCCAAUUGCUAAUACGAGCACUUAAUUCACCUGCAGGACUGGGUAACAGGAAAAGAAGAGAUGGGACGGUAGCUUUCGAUGAGGUGUCAGCCACAAUUGAGAUUCAAGAUGAGAACAACAACCCUCCUGUGUUCAUUCAAUCACAAUUUAUUGGAGGUUUUUAUGAAGGUGAGGCCGCAAGGAACACAGUGGUGGCAGCCAUCCAGGCAUCAGACAAAGAUUCCGGCGCUUAUGGCUCUCUUUGGUACUCCAUCGUACAUGAGGGGACACCUGGAUUGUUCUCUUUGGACAAUACUACUGGUGACGUAACACUUUCCAAUCUCUCAGACCACGUCACUGGGAAAUCGGUGUUUGCUCUGACAGUUUCUGCCGUGGACAACCAAGGAAAAGUACCGAGUAACAGGGCGAAUCAAAGUGCAUCUGUUCUGAUUUUCGUCCUCUCUGAUCCUAAGAAGCUGUCACUUGAGCUUGGUGUUCCUCCUGUUUUUGUCCGAGAAAAGAGAAGCGAGAUUGAAAGUAUGCUGCGCAAUCUCACUGGAGGAACCGUGAUGAUAAAAGACAUACGAGAGACCGAGGAUGGAAGCACACUAAUCUAUUUCCAUGCUGUUGACAACAACACCUUAUCUUUGUUGACUCCGGAUGAGUUUAUGAGUCGCCUGCAAAACAACUCCGACCUUUUGAACGAUGUUUUUAAAAAGUGGAUUAUACGUAUUCCUUCUGGUGGGACAGCACAUGCGUCUAAAGACUCAAGGGAGGAGUUCAGUAUCCUGAUUGCUGUUAUGCUGGUGCUCUCUGGCGGCAUCGGACUGGGAGCAUUCGUUGGCAUUAUAAUAGCCAAGAAAAAGAGAAAACGGCAAAAGAGAGCCUACAAGACUACUGAUGAAUUACCAUAUCCUCUGACGAUGCCUUGGUAUUGCAUGGAUAUGCCCGGCAUAGAAGCAUUUACUGAGUCCGAAGCAGAUGGAACUCGACGAUCUUUUAGAGACAACACGAAGUAUACAGUUCAGAAAGUUCCAACAAACCAGGGCGAUUGCAAUCUUCUUCGUACACCAUUAAGAUCAAGUGGCUCGUACAAAGUAAGAAACCAACAGAGGAAAACACCUGAAGAGCAAAAAAGAGAAGCUGUUUCUUUAAAUUUUUAUGAAUCGACCCCUUAUCACCGCCCGGGCAGCAGCAGUGAAAUCGAUGAAAACCAUAAUGUAGAAGACAAUCUUGCAACAGACACCUCAACGAUUGCAGGAAAUACUGCAAGCCAUGAUAAUGAAGGAUUUGACCGCAGUCAGAGCCAUGAAAGGAGCGAAGAGAAGCCUAUGGAACAUCAGGGGGUUUGCAAAUUGGGCGAGAAUACGCCUUGUUACACAAGAGCACCGAACACAGUUCGCAGAGUGAGGUUUGAUUUGCGCGGGACAAAAGACAGGCAAGGAGAAAAACGAACAGUCAGGGAAAAUUUUCCGGAUAUUGUUGUGAUCAGUGAAAAAGCAGAAGGGAACUGUCAGCUUGAUGAACAUGAGAGGAAAAGAGUGUGUGACAACGAGGAAGCUAGCGACGAAGACGGCAAAGGAAAAGAGCCGGCUGGUGUUAGUUCUAUAUUCAAAGACACAAGAAGAUCAGCCUCAGUGGCCGCCAUAAGCGAUGAGGAAGGAACAGUAGUGGAAAUUUAAUAACAUUUUUCACUCCUCUGUAAGAUUAGGCUGAAGAUACUGUCUGCAAAAAGACCUCUAUGUCACCUUUCAUUUGGUCCUUUGAUUUCCUUUAAAUUGAUGUGCUAGAAUGUUUUUCGCGUUUUUUUGGGAAUUAAUUUUUUUCUUCACAUUGUACAUAGCUUCAAUGUAAGUCAGCAUUCAGGCAACUAUGUACAGACCUUAUGGCCGAUAUCUUGAAGGGCUUAAGCUCAAAGUUCCACUUGGUUUGAUUUCUCUAUAGACCAUGUACAAUAAGGGUAGCUUUUGGGUCAUUUUCGUCUGGAAGCCUAGGUUUCAUUCAAACAAGUUCCCAGGAUUUGAACUCGCCCGGGUUAAAUAUCAACGCGAAUCUUAGUUACGAUAAUCAUUUGUGAUGAAACUAACGUAGUAUGUGAUAAAUUUAUCUCUCAAUUC